AUGGAGCCAUUGACAUUGCAAGUACAGCAUGGUCAAGAAGAGGCGAUUGAGUGUUGGGAUAAUGAUGGUGAUUUACAAUGCUACGAGGACAUUCAAUUACGGACCGCGUCAAGUGCUACGUCGGUGACAAAUUCGUCUAUCCGCCUCUCCGGUCAUCGGGAUUCCAUAUCCUCCCGUCGCUCUGCACGCUCUGAUAUUGACUCUACAGGUGGUGGCGACGAGGACUGGCAGGUUCAGCUACUCGACGACGAGGAAUCUGUCAACGAGGAAGCUCUGGCAUCCGCAAAAAUUGCAGGAAUUCCAUUACCUAAAAGUAUUCCUAGGUCUGCUCUUGUUGGGGGAAUUAUAAGGCGCCUUGGGCCUAGAAGAACGAGGGAUGACUUUGUGGAUGAUUGGUCUGACGAUGUGGAAUUUCCCGAUCCCGAUGUCGUUUUGGAGCUGAAAAGUCCUCAAGUUGCAUCUUUUCCCGAAUCACUCCAGCAAAUUGGCUCUACAACGGCGAGCCCUGUGAAGGCUCCUGCUUCACCAUGUUGGAGUAAUAAUGUGACGGUUCGCCUGCGGUCAGCAAUAGAGCAUUCGGACGGAUCUCGAGUUGAUUGUGAUGCCGGCGACGUUGAAGGAAUCCCUACAAUCAGGCCUACUCUGUCCCGCCCUCCACAACGGACAAGCGUUAUCAAUGAUUCAAUGCUUAUUAAAGAGAGAGAUGCAACUAGAGUUUUUGAGGACUUUGAGGAGGACAUCGAACUACCACAGGAUGACUUUCUUAGGCUUCCUUCCCGCAAAGUCGGUAAUGCAAGAAGUUCAAGUCCCUGCCCCGAGGAUUUCGAUGUGGAGUUUUCUGAGGGUAGUAUUGGAGUUCGAUUUGGUGGCACUGCAAGAGACCAUCGAUCUAACCCAAGCUCAUCACUUGUAAGCCCCAGUGUAUCUAGCUAUCUGACUGGUGAGAGUGAUGAUGAAGGUCUGGAUGGCCUUGUUAUUCCCGAAGGCCCAUUGGACCUAGACAAGUCUAUGAGAAAGCGGCAUGAGUCCAGUACUUUAAACAUGAUGAUCCCAGAGUCGGCACAAGCUACUCAGGAUCCAACCGAGCUAGAGGAUUUUUUCUCUGGCUUUGAACUCGAAAGCGAUAAUAUGUUUGAUACUCGGAGGCUCUCGAUAAAUCCAAACGUUAAAUGCAAGACGGACCGCAUCGGGAGUCCAGGGCGACGGUCAGCCACUACACUCACUUUCACAAAUACAACACCUUCUCCAAGGACGAGAAUUCCGCGCCUUUCCGGCCACGACCGUCAGCAUUCUACGCACCUUGAAACUGUUUCUGAAAGUGGUGCCCCUCUAUUAAGGUUUCGUACAUCUCUCCCAAGGCCUGGUGGUCACUCGUCACAUACGUCCGUGCCUACUCUGCCCCCUUCUGAAUCUGUCUUAACAUCUCCGAGUUCCACGACCCCGAAUCGGCGUCCGAUUGGGACACGGUUUGCAAAAGACCCUUUUUGUGGCGAACGCUUUUCUAGUGCAAAGCAGUCGUUAAAAACGAAACGAUCGUUGCCAACAAUGAGGAACUCAAACUCAGCAGUGUCGACAUCGUCUAUUCAAAGCACUCGCCAAGAUUUUAUAGGAUGCCCAGCCAUAUCUACCACCCGAUCUAAAACGCCUACUGAUCGUAUUGGGAGCGAUAAAAAGUUGUCAAGUCGUAAGUCACGGAUGCCGUGCAUUCCACCUGGGGCCUCGGAACAUCAGCCACAUCACGCUAGCGUUAAAACUUGUCGAUAUUCCCGCCGUACAAACUCGGAUAGCUCUAGCGAAGUGAUUAUCGGGCAAGGGUCAGUGUCCCACCUCCCGCGAUCGAGUCGUUUCGAAGUAGCCGGCAGUAGUGCGGUUGAACCGACUUCAGAGGCUCUAUUCACGACUACCAAGCGGACUCUUACUCGACCCGCUCGCCGGCGAAACUUUGGCGACGGAACUGAGCUAGGGUCAUUUGACGAUUUACCUACGUCUGCCUUAGCGGAAAGUAAAUUUGUCAAGCAUCCCUCCAGUCGUGGGGUCCCGAAGUCCCUGAAUAAUAAACUGAACCGAAGUGAACCAAUUCCAUCUAGAGCAGAACCCCAACAGAAGGUACUAAGUACUACACCGAAACUUCAUAAGCCCACCCCCAGGUUUGCGCGAGAUACAAACGCUUCGAGGAACGCAAGAGAGCAGAGAAUUGCUUCAAUGACUACUGUUUCGAAAAUUCGCGACGGUAGCGCACUUACUUCCCUUAGUUCAAACUGGAAGACUCAACAGAAUAUAGCACGUGUUCCUUUAAAUUCAGCAUCCAUAAGAAACAAGAAAAACAGAAAUGCCACGGUACCUGGAUGCAGACCUCACUUGAUCAAACCCCUUGGUACGGGUGUCCAAGAGCGCAAAUCUAUCAACGGCAUGCGUUACAAUCCUGCCACUUUUCGUUGGGAAGGAAACGAAAACUUAGCAUAUGAAUUAGAUACAAAUCCUAAAUCGCCAAAGCCAUCACCUGCUCUGAUCACUAACAUGGGUGCGAUGCAAAAUGUGCAGGUAGUUGGUAGCAUGGUAUUUGAUCCACAGCGCAUGUGUUGGCUCAAGUUGGCGCCAGUUCAGCCCGGGACAAAAGGCGUGAUUGCUGUGCAAGAUGAAGAUGAUGUCUUUGCCGGUCUUGGAGAUCUCGAAGGAAAAUCUGAAUGUUCCGGCCCACGAACAUCUGGUGCUUACGAUAAUCUUGGCUUUGCUGCAAGUGGUGAUGAUCGUAGCUGUGGUGACUCAUCGGACGAGUGGCCCAUCACAGAAGAAUUUGAUGUUGGCCCAGAGUUCAUUCGACGACAACGUGCAGAAGAAGAAAAAUGGAGGCGAAAAGUUAAUAAGUGGGUCGAUUUUGAUCGCAGGAAGUUGGGCGACAGCUGGAGAUGGGCCAUACGAGAUCUGGUAGGAUUUAACAGCACUCCCGUUGAACUCCGGAGUGGUUAG